AUGGGCCAGUCAGCGGCAGGCUGUUGCAGCGAAGACAAGGAAGCGAGACCUUGCGGAGGGCACGAAACCAUCCAAGCGAGGCCGCGGCUUGAGGAGGAUGUUGAGAAGGUCGAUGAGCGCAAGGCGUCAAUCCGCAGCUCGAAAGAGAUCGAUCUGACAUUUUGUUUGGAUGUGAACCCAGACAUCAUACGAGGUAUUUCGUUGCGAGGGUGCUUGCGAAAUGUGAGACAACUCUGGUGGCAGUCUCCUGUCGAUCUUUCGCAAGACAGCCGAGCAGCUCUGUGGAAAAGAUCAAAGCCUGCGUCUCGCUUCGAUAUAUUUCUAUCGCACACGUGGCAGACUUCGGGGAUUGCAAAGUGCUUUGCCCUGAUGCUGCAAUCCACAUGGACAUGGUGUUUGGCACUUUGGCUUUUGACCAUGACGGUCUUGGCGGUUCUCUAUGGGCACAACCUCCUGACCAAGCCUGGCCGUUAUGAUUUGCCCCAGGGCCUCGACCCGGAGUCGGUUCCCAAAGGCCCUUGGAUGGCUAUUUUUAGUUUGCCAUCGUGCCUCCUUGGCGUGGUGCUUGCGCUGUACCUGCCAGAAAAGAUCUGGUCGUCGCCAACCUGCUUUUUAGAUGCAGUCAGUAUCAACCAGAACGACCAGACUCUUAUGAUGCAAGGCAUCUAUGGACUCGGUGGCUUUCUGAAAGCUUCUGAAGAGCUUCGCAUCCUUUGGUCGCCGCCCUAUUUUUCCAGAUUGUGGUGUGUGUUUGAGCUCGCUGCCUACCGCACGGCGAAUCCGAAUGGCAAAGUCAGUUUAUCGCCGGUGUUCGUGGAGAGCGCAGUGGCUGCCUAUUUCUUCACUGACUAUGUCAUAGCUUUGCUCUUUAGCCUUGAUCGUGGAGCUUUGUUUGCUGCGACUCUUGUCGGGCAGCUUCUGUCGACAUUCGUCCUUUUCCGCUACUUGCGCAGAAGCCUGUCGGUGAAGCGAAAGCUCAUUUCCGAUUUGCAGAACUUCGAGUUGGAGAAGGCUCAGUGCCGCCUUGAGUACGACAGGGAUUUCGUCUUGAGUGCCAUCACCGAAUGGUUUGGCAGCAAGGAUACAUUCACCGACUAUGUGCGGAAUGACCUCGGCGAGGCAGCCAUGUCAGGAUAUAUGGCUAUGACGAUUCCACUGCAAUAUCAGCUGUUAAUCGUGUUGCCCGAGGUGAGCUUGAACUUAGAGAAUACCAUGGCGCUCUGGUGCGGCAAUGUGCCUUCUGAGGUGAUCGUCUCUCAAUUCCUGGCCAUGGUUCUGGGUUAUUCGUUAUGCUGGCGCAUGGUGACCUUAAGUUUGGCAGUGUUCCUUUGUCAGCUGGCCCCUGCUCUGAGCCGUUGGAAGAUGCUCCUCGUGGAUGUUCUGAUCUUCCUGGUAGCCAACCUGUGCGUUACAAGUGGGCUCUUCGCAGCUCUUGGUGCCUAUCGACGUGGACUGGCCUUCGCCACAGCCUGGCUCUUUUUGGCCGGCUUGCUGGUAUGGCUUUUCCAGGGCAGGGUGCAGAAGUGCGGCAGCAGACUCAUCAGACUGCAUUCAAGCAGCUGA